CGCUCCAGAACCUCGUUUUAUCUCCAGUGACUUGAUGCUGUUAAAAUCUUCUACUUGACAACAUUGUCUCCCUUUUUUUUUUUCCGCCAUGAGCUGCUUGGAUGUCAUGUACCAAGUGUACGCACCGCCUCAGCCUUACUUCACUCCAACUUACAGCCCGUACCAUCAUCAUCCUCAUCCUCACCCUCAUCCUCACCACCAGAAAUUGGCUUUUUAUUCCAAAAUGCAAGAAGAACCCGUAAGUGGAGGGAACUCGUUCUCCAGCCAUCCUGCACCCUCUAUAAAGGAGGAGGACUGCACACCGGAGAAGGAGCAGCCGCCUGAGGCUGAGUAUAUCAGCUCACGAUGUGUCCUCUUCACCUACUUCCAGGGAGACAUCAGCUCAGUGGUGGACGAACACUUCAGCCGUGCCCUGAGCCAAACCAGCAGCUACGGCCCUGCGUCAGCCAGCGGCAACAAAACCGCACAAGGGGCCGCGUCCUGGAAAGACGGAUCAUUCCCAAUGAGCCAGCGCAGUUUCCCUCCGUCCUUCUGGAACAGCGCGUACCAACCGUCAGUCACGGCGUCUUUAAGCAGUGCUCUGAGCACGUCCCACAGCGACCUGCCCUUCCCUGCUGACCCGUACUCAAGUGCCUCGUUACACAGCCACCUCCACCAGGCGACACCGGAGUCCUGGCACCCGACACACCACCACCACCAUCAUCCGUACCCACUCGGGGGCUCCAUCAGCGCUCAGAGCUCGGCUUAUUCUCGGCCCUCGGUGCACGAGGUGUACGGGACGCACUUCGACCCACGCUACAGCUCUCUCCUAGUGCCCUCGGUGCGGUCUCACAGACUGCCCCCAGCCACGGUGCCCGCUCCCGGACCCUCACCUUGUGACAUCAGCAAGGGCGAUCCAGCCAGCACAGCAUGGACCGGUGCUUUCACUGGGACGGGAUCCGAUAUGGGACAGAGUCUCAGCCUGAAUGUCGAUGCAGCUCGGCGCUACACGCUCUGCAGCGGGGGCAUCCUGAGCUGAAAUGGCACUGCAGUGGAUAAACCCAAAGGCUCUGGCAGCCCCUUUCAGAGCGGAGAGAGAGAGACUCGAUGGAGAAACGGCCUUCCAGAAAUACAUGCUGGUGGUGUGACCGGCAGCUGUUCUCUCCAAAGCGUCCAAGAGAAAUAGAAAAGAAGAACAAGCGCUUCAUUCUGGGAUGCGUGAGAACCGAAACGUCAGACGUGAUCAUCAGAACGUCCUUCAUAACAGGGACCACGGCCAGCGUCAAAGACA